CUGACGUCUCCCAUGACUGGCACUUCAUAGUAUCUUUUCUUCUUCUUUUUCCCCCACAAAAUGGCCGGCUCGUCAUUACAAAGCAAUUAUCCAGUCGUAAGGUUAUAAGAUUACAAGGGCUCACUGUCAACACUCCGCAGCCCUACAUAAAACCUUCUGAAGAAGGAAAGAAAUCUGUGACUGAGCACAACGCUGACUGCCGUAACCAGUAUGGAUCGAGAAAAUAUACUUAAACAUGGCGGGGAACCGAAUCUACUGGAUACUACCGGUCUAUGCCUGCUGUCCCUAGAUGGUGGCGGUGUACGGGGCCUUUCGUCACUUUAUAUCCUAAAGGGUAUCAUGGACCGACUAAACCAUGCACGGGAGCAGAUUAAGCUCCCUCCGGUGAAGCCGUGCGAAGUGUUCGACCUUAUUGGGGGCACGAGCACUGGGGGAAUCAUCGCGAUUAUGCUUGGUCGCCUUGAGAUGGAUGUUGAUGCGUGCAUUGGCGCAUACAGCAGUCUUGCGGCAGCAGUGUUUGACGAUAAGUUGAAAUCAAUCCCCUUCAACUGGAAGGGCAGUGUUAAGGCCCGGUUCGACUCGGCGAAGCUAGAAAGCGUCAUCCAGAAGGUGGUCGAAGACAGCGGUACAUCUAAGGAAACCCUGUUCAAUGACAGCACUGGACGCGGAUGCAGAACUUUCGUUUGCACCGCCGACUGCCACACGAAGGAUAUCGUCCGCCUCCGAAGCUACAGCCUCCCGCACGAACCAAAUAUCCGGGUCACAAUAUGUCAAGCCGCCCUCGCGACAUCCGCCGCUAUAACCUUCUUUGACCCUGUGAACAUCAAUGACCGCUUAUUUGCUGAUGGCGGACUCGGUGCGAACAAUCUAGUAGACGAGGUAGAGGGCGAGGCGUCUAAUAUAUGUUGCUCUGAGACAGGAGACCUAAAGCCGCUAGUUAAGUGCUUUAUCUCGAUCGGAACGGGAAAUCCAGGCAAGAAGCCCUUCAAGGAUAGUAUGCUGAAGUUCCUCGGGCAGACAGUGGUCCAGAUUGCAACCGAGGCAGAGAACACGGAGAGAAAGUUCAUAGCGAGAUGGGCAAGGCAUUUCGAUGAGAAGCGGUACUUCCGUUUUAAUGUCGAACAGGGGCUGCAGGAUAUUGGGCUUGAUGAGUACAAAAAGAAGGGAGUGAUGGAGGCGGCGACAGAGGGCUAUCUUACGCAUAUGGUACAGAAAUUUCGGGUGCGGGACUGCAUUCAAAACAUGAGUCUCAAGGAGAACAAGACUGAGACUUCUUUCGCCACUCUUAUACAUGAAUAUACUAUUUGCAAUAUUAGAAGGAAGCCAGUUCACCAAUUUGACGUCCCAUUAGACCUGACGGCCGUGCCAGUGAUUGCGAAUUUCGUGGGACGGCAAGGCGAGCUAGACCAACUCUGGCAGUAUUUACAGCCCGCGAAUUCCCGAUCACGAAAGGUUGCAAUUAUUCACGGACUUGGGGGGAUGGGAAAGACACAACUGGCGAUUCAUUUCGCACGCGACCACCAAGAUGAUUUCACUGCCAUCUUCUGGCUGAGUGGUAAGGACCGAGGCACGUUAUUACAAUCUUUAAGCUCUAUCCUGCCGCGAUUGCCAGGGCAGUCACAAACUGAUGCGGCAAUGAAUGACGAGGAGCUAGAGCAACGAGCUAGAUAUUUGUUGAAGUGGUUAGCUGAAAAGGGAAACUCGCGCUGGUUGAUCAUUUUCGAUAACAUCGACCAAUACUCGCCUCUUAAUGGCCCCAUUGGUAAUGCAUAUGACAUUGCUGAAUUCUUCCCUGGAGCCGACCAUGGCUCUAUUCUCAUCACCUCUCGGCUUCAAAGGUUGACAGAGCUGGGAAAACCAUUUCCUAUCCUUAAACUUGACUCUAAGGAUGCGAUUCAAUUGCUCUUACAAAGCAGUCAUCUAUCAAUGAGCAAUAGAGCUAAUGAGCUUGAGCGCAAUCCAGAUACUGUUGCUCUUGCGCGCCGUUUGGAUGGCCUUCCAUUGGCAAUCGCCAUCGCCGGGGCGUUUAUGCGUGAAACUGGAACUAGCAUUACUGAGUACUUGAAGUAUUACCAGGUAUCUUGGUCCGACCUACAGCUGCACUCAAAUCCUGAGCGCCAGUACCAGCAAGGCAAUAUGCUACAAACAUGGAUGAUCUCAUAUCGUGAGAUUCAGAGGCGGGACACGGAUGCAGCUAAACUGCUAUUGUUUCUCGCUCGUUUCGAUAAUCGAGAUAUCUGGUUUGAACUCAUAAAAAGCAGCUCUCUUAGCUCGAAUCUACCAAUUUGGCUAGAAAGAUCUAUAUCAAGCGGAAUCACGUUCAAAAUCUGUGUCAAGGCUCUCAUCAGGUUCUCUCUACUCGAGGUGAAGGAACGAGAAGGAGGUUACGCGAUGCAUCCGGUUGUCCAAGACUGGUGCAUUCAUCUUGCCAGUACAGAUAUAAAUGUGAAUUCGGUCGUGCUCAAUGAUCUAGCACUAAUAUCUGUUGGAUACGCUGUCCCAAGUUCAAGUGAGAGAAACUAUUCCGAGCUUCAGCAACGACUUAUUCCACACGCGAACCAUGUCCGUCAUAGAGAUUGGUCAGGUCAUGAUAUUGCGUUAUGGGGAGCAUUUCAUGGUUUAGGAUACCUCUACCAAGACCAAGGAAAGCCAAGAGAGGCAGAGGAUAUGUACCAGCAAGCACUGAUAGGCCGUGAGAAGGCCCUCGGUCCUUAUCAUAUAUCUACUCUUGAUACUGUUAAUAACCUUGGGAAUGUCUACAGAAGUCAGGGGAAGCUGAAAGAGGCAGAGGAGAUGUACCAACGAGCACUGGUAGGCUAUGAGAAAACCCUCGGUCCGGAUCAUACGUCUACUUUGAGUACAGUUAAUAACCUUGGCCUUCUCUUCUCUGAUCGAGGGAAGCUAAAAGAGGCAGAGGAGAUGUACCAGCAAGCACUGGUAGGCAAGGAGAAGGCCCUCGGUCCAGAUCAUACGUCUACUCUUAGUACAGUCAACAACCUUGGCCUUCUCUAUAAAAGUCAGGGGAAGGUGAAAGAGGCAGAGGACAUGUACCAGCAAGCCUUGAUAGGCCGUGAGAAGGCCCUCGGUCCAGAUCAUACGUCUACUCUUGAUACUGUCAACAACCUUGGGAAUCUCUAUAGAAGUCAGGGGAAGCUAAAAGAGGCAGAGGAGAUGUACCAGAAAGCACUGGUAGGCAAGGAGAAGGCCCUCGGUCCUGACCAUAUAUCUACUCUGACUACAGUCAACAACCUUGGCCUUCUCUAUAAAAGUCAGGGGAAGGUGAAAGAGGCAGAGGACAUGUACCAGCAAGCCUUGAUAGGCCGUGAGAAGGCCCUCGGUCCAGAUCAUACGUCUACUCUUGAUACUGUCAACAACCUUGGGAAUCUCUAUAGAAGUCAGGGGAAGCUAAAAGAGGCAGAGGAGAUGUACCAGAAAGCACUGGUAGGCAAGGAGAAGGCCCUCGGUCCUGACCAUAUAUCUACUCUGACUACAGUCAACAACCUUGGCCUUCUCUAUAAAAGUCAGGGGAAGGUGAAAGAGGCAGAGGACAUGUACCAGCAAGCCUUGAUAGGCCGUGAGAAGGCCCUCGGUCCAGAUCAUACGUCUACUCUUGAUACUGUCAACAACCUUGGGAAUCUCUAUAGAAGUCAGGGGAAGCUAAAAGAGGCAGAGGAGAUGUACCAGAAAGCACUGGUAGGCAAGGAGAAGGCCCUCGGUCCUGACCAUAUAUCUACUCUGACUACAGUCAAAAACCUUGCCCUUCUCUAUAAAAGUCAGGGGAAGGUGAAAGAGGCAGAGGACAUGUACCAGCAAGCCUUGAUAGGCCGUGAGAAGGCCCUCGGUCCGGAUCAUUGUACUAUCCGUUCACACCUUUUUUCAUGA